AUGUCAACGGUGCAGCCUGUAAAAAGCUGCUCGUAUGCAGAUACAUCUGUAUUCCAGGAAUACCAUGACCCGAGCACACACAUUCUUUUUACCGUCAUCUUUGGUAUCUAUGCUUGUGUAUUCAUCUACUACGCCAUCACACGACGACCCAAAAUUGAAUACGUGCUUAUGAUCAUAUUCGCCGUUCUAGAAGUAGGCGCAUUUACACUGCGUAUAUAUGGCGAAAUCAUUGAUGGUAUGAUAAUGUUUAUCGUGUAUUCAUGUGCGAUCGUACCUUCGAUAACAGUGAUGUACUUGAUGUAUGCUCGGUGGUGCAAGAUUGCCAACGGGUACUACCAGCAGAAGAGCUAUGAUAUGGGCAUGUACAAUCCCGUUUUUAUUGCCUUUGCUAUCGUGCUGUUUAUCGGGUUUAUCAUCGCGAACGUAUGGGUGCCUACGUACAUGUGGGUGGUGUACCUCGCAAUGGUGCUCGCCAUUUGGAUUGUGGCAAUUGUUGCGCUUAUCCGGCACAGGCGCAACGUUCCUUUGCAACGCGAAAAGGUGAUUGUGUUGAGCCAGCUUAAGCGCCGAUUUAAUGUGAAGCCUGUUGUGACUAGCUGGAAGCAACUGGACAACAUGAUGGUGCUGCUGAUUGUGUGCAUGACUGUGCUCCUCGUCAAGCAGAUUUUCCUCACUAUUUCUUUCGCGCUUAUCCCCGUGUUUUUCCUCAGUCCGUUUUACUACGUGUUCUCGGUGCUUCCGGACCUUGCAUUCUGCACGAUGCUUGCGAGCCCCGAGUCGAUCCAGCUGUUUGAGCAGUCGCGACACAUCCCGGAAGCGCGUGCAGAGAUGGAAGAGCGUUUCAACGAGGAGCCAGGUGCUUUGAAAGCCGGCCCCACGCCUUUGCAUGCUGCUGCUGUGCAAGGACCCGCUUUGCAGUCGCAGGUCGCUCCGGUCGCACCGAUUGAACCGAUUGCACCGACCGACUACCCGGCUGCCAGUUAUCCGGUUGCCAACUACCCGGCUGCCAACUACCCAGUCACUGACUAUCCUUUGGUCGCGAAUCCUGGCCAAGCACCGCCUACGACCGAGCCACAACAAGUGCUUGGUCAUCAGGUAAUUUCUAUUCCCCAUGACGCGCAUGCACAUCAACCGCAUCUUCCUAGCGCAUAUUAA